AUGACUGAAAUUUCUGACGGUUUGGAUCUAUCAUUUUUAAUGUGGGGUUCAUUAUUUUCCAAAGAUCCUUUAAAAGAUUCAGGUUAUGAUUUAGUUGAUACAAAUGGUUUAAAUGAUGGAAGAUCGAUAUGGACAAAAUAUACUGGAAAAAAAAAGACGACCGGCGAUUUAGUGACAAUAUUUACUUGUCAGAACGAUUCGCAUCUUCAAUUAGCAAAAUCAGCAUUAAAACGAAUGAAAACAUUGAGACAUCCAAAUAUUUUAAAUUAUUUAGACGGAGCAGAAAAUGAUAAAAUUGUUCAUAUAAUAACGGAAAAAGUAACACCAUUAGAUGUUUAUUUAUUAGAAUUAAAAACUGGUGAUGAUCAAAAUUCACAAAGGGAUGACUACAACAAGAAAGAUUUGUUUGAACUGGCUUGGGGACUCUAUCAAAUAUGUCGUGUAUUAUCGUUUUUACACGAUGAUUGCAAACUGAUUCAUUCGAAUUUGAAUCUCGGUACAAUUUAUGUUGAUCAAAAGUCAAAUGAUUGGAAAUUAGGAUGCUUUGAAUUUGUACAACAAACAGAUGGUAAUACUUCAGAUUUGCAACAUCCACCAACACGUUAUUUACCUGCCGUACAACGGUAUGAACCACCCCAGCAACAAGCACGUGGACAAACAAAGCAAACAUCACUAAAGGCACGUGAUAUGUGGCUAUUGGGUACAAUGAUCUGGGAAAUAUUUAACAGUAAUCUAUCAAGUACUCUAAAAAGUAGCGAUCAACCUCAAUAUAAAAAGUUUCAUUCAAUACCAAAAGCAUUGGUACCAUCUUAUUGUGAACUAAUCAAUGUGGAUCCAAGUUUAAGGCCAACGAUAACAAAAUUCUUAGAUAUAUGUCGUCAACAAAAUGGUUUUAUGAAAAAUGUUCUUGUCGAUUCGCUACUAUUUUUAGAAGAAAUUCAACUGAAAGAUAAUAAUGAUAAACAAAAAUUUUUUCAACAAUUACCAGAGAAUGUAGAUGAAUUUUCAUCACGUAUAAAUGAAAAUAAAUUAUUACCUCUUCUGCUUAAUGCCUAUGAAUUUGGCAAUAGUGGAUCAGUAGUAUUACCCACAUUGUUUAAAUUAGGAAAAAAUUUAAAUGAUCAAGAAUAUAAGAAAAAAAUUGUACCAAUUAUUACAAAAUUAUUUCAAUCGACGGACAGAAUGACAAGAUUUCGAUUAUUACAACAACUUGAUUUAUAUGUUGAAUAUCUAUCACCGUCCAUUAUUAACGAUGAAAUAUUUCAACAUAUAUGCACAGGAUUUACUGAUCAAGAACCUGCCAUAAGAGAAGCCACUGUUAAAUCCGUGUUAUAUUUGGCACCAAAAUUAUCCUAUAAAAAUUUGAAUGUUGAAUUGAUGAAACAUUUUUCUCGUUUACAAACAAAUGAUGAUCAAGGUGUUAUAAGAACAAAUACAAUUGUUUGUCUUGGGAAAAUAGCACAUUAUCUUAAUCCAAGUCUUCGUUCACGUUUGUUAAUAUCAGCAUUUAGUCGUGGUUGUCAAGAUUCAUUUAGUCCAUCACGUCAAGCAUCUGUUUAUGCGUUUGGUCAUAGUGAAAAAUUUUUUACUCUAAAAGAUAUUGCAACAAAAAUUGUACCUAUUUUAUGUACAAUUACCAUAGAUCCAGAAAUUGAUGUUCGAACACAAGCAUUUAAAACAAUUCAUUUAUUUUUAACAAAAUUGGAAACUGUAUCAGAGAAUCCAGAAUUAGCUGUCGAUAUGGAGAAAGAGGUGAAUUCGACAAAUAUUAAUUUGAGUAACGAAACAUCAUGGACAUCUUGGGCAUUGACAUCAUUGACAUCGAAAAUUGGCACAUUAACUACAAAACAAAUUCAACCAUCUAUUACACUUUCAACGUCUAAAACUGACAAUCCAACAGAUUCACCGACGGCAAUAUCAUCACCAGUGGUAAAAGAUUCAUCGAUUAAUAGUAGUAGUGGUGAUAAUACAACGAAAUCAAAACAAUCACAACCAGUAAAAAAUAAACCACCAGCAGCAGCAGCGGCAGCAAAGAUUGUCCAGCAAAAUAGGGAUGAUGAUGAUGAUGAUGAUAUAUUACUUCAAGAGCGUCAAAAGUCUGCUAUUGCUUCAUUUUUCAAUAAUACAUCAUCGAUCGGAUUGAAGGAUGACGAAUGGAAAACAUCUCAAGAUACAAAAUCGUGGUCAACAUGGGAAACAAAUCCUAAUUCAUCUACACUAUCCUCUCCUACAACGAUAACUCAAGGAAAUGAUUGGGGCGAUGAUCAAAACGAUGACUCGGACGAUAAAUGGGAAGAUUUUACACAAACGACAUCUUCAGGAACAACAACAACAACAACAGCAGUUAAACAACAGACAGCAGUCAAUUUGGUUAUGUCAUCCUCUUCUUCUCCAACUCCUGUACAACAGCCCGUCAAAUCGUCUUGGACUCAAGAUACCAAACCUACGACAUCGAUGAAUGAUUGGAAUAGUGAUCAAUUUUUUAAUGAUGUUCUUACUUCGACAACCACCACAUCAGCAAAACCCAAACCAAAAUUGAAACGUUAA